AUGAAGUUCGGGAAGAGGAUUAAAGAACAGAUACAAGAGUCGUUGCCGGAGUGGCGAGACAAGUUUCUUCGUUACAAAGAACUCAAGCAUCUGAUUUCUUCUCUGGCUCCGGCUGAAUAUAUUUUCAUAGGUUUGUUAAACACCGAGAUUGACAAGUUUAAUGCUUUCUUCGUCGAACAAGAAGAAGAUUUCAUCAUCCACCACAAGGAAUUGCAAUAUCGGAUUCAGAGACUGGUUGAAAUAUGUGGAGGCAAUGAUGAAAUGUUUAGAGAGGAGAUUAGUGAGAUCAGAAAGGAUAUUGUCAAUUUCCAUGGCGAGAUGGUUCUUCUCGUCAAUUACAGCAACAUUAAUUACACCGGAUUAGCGAAAAUUCUGAAGAAGUAUGACAAAAGAACAAAAGGGGGAUUACGAUCGCCGUUUAUCCAGAAAGUUCUCCGUCAACCGUUUUUCAAGACUGAUCUGGUGUCAAGGCUAGUGAGAGAGUGGGAGACAACGAUGGACGUUGUUUUUCCAGCGUCUGAUUCGGCGGAGGCGGAGGCGGAGAGAUCUGCGGUUUUGAGUUCGGCGGCGGCGGGAGAAGGGAUAUUUAGGAAUACGGUUGCGGCUUUGCUGACGAUGAGGGAGAUGAGAAGAGGGAGUUCGACUUAUAGUGCUUUCUCACUUCCGCCGCUUAAUCACUCCGAUUCUGAUUUGGUUCUACGAUCCAUCCAUAUCCCAUCUCCGAUACCCAUUCCUUACUGACAAACUUUUUAGAUUUGUAUCAAAAGUUGCAUUAUUUGCAAUAUUUUUAAUUUUUUUUUCUCUCCCUCUUUCAUUUUCAUUUUUUCAUGAGAUGAUUUGUACUCUAAUAUUGCAAAACCCGAAUUCGAAGCGACGCCAUUCAUUC